AUGUCUCGGCUGACGCUCACACCGUCUGCUACUUUGCUCACAGACGAUGAGAUCAACGAGAACAUCCAGAUAACGAAGGACCUUUUCCUUCUGGUGAUCCAGGAUCGAGGCGUGCAGGGUCUCAUGGAUGAGUUGGAGCUACCGCAAGAGCGAGCACGGCUCUUCGAGGUCAUCGAUGCCGACGGUAGCGGCACACUCCAUAUUGCCGAGCUGGUCCAUGGUUUGCUGAAGAUCCGCGGCGAGGCCAACAAGAGCGAUCUUGUAGCACCGCUGCUGGCGACCCAGUCUGUCCAAAACAUGGUCGCCGGCCUUCGAGAUUCGACGAGCACCGCCUUGGAGGCCAUGCAGGCCGAAGUUCUUCGUCAGCUGCAGGAGCUUCCACAGCGCAUCUAUCUGCAGAGUGCCUCCCAUGGCACUUGUUCUUGUCCGAGGGUGCACACAGAGGCUGCAAGAUCGGCGAUCUUGAGUCAACCACGAAGCCUGGGAGCCAAAGGGUUGGACGUGAAGCCGCCACGACAGCCGCGAGUCGUUGAGAGAGAAGAGGAGCCCACUCCACACGAGCAAAGCUCCGCGGGGUAG